AUGGCUGCCGAAGAAAUCGCCGAGGUCUUGGCCAUGUUGCUGCCACCCGGUCUCCUGUUUGACUCUCCUCAAAUAUAUGUCGAAGUUGCCAAGCUGCCUGUCGUUCCUCUGGAAGAUGUGCGGCGGCAUUGGUAUGCCUAUACCUCGAUGUACAAGAAACUGCAAGACCCCACCGCGUGUCGUCUUGAGAAUUUCUGGUGGCAUGUCUGGGGAAGCGACAGGAGGCACUUGAGCGGAAAGACGCUCGCCAGGCUAUGGGAGCAGAUUGCAUCUGGUCCCACAGCAGUUCCCCUCAGGGGACCACCGGUGCCGCCACCGCCAUUGAGCCGUCCUCCAAUUCCUCAUGCUCAAAGCAUGCACGAAAGCGACCGGUCGGAGCAGCCCCUGGAUGGGGACCCGAGAAACACACGGAGUAAAGCACAGGCAGCCCAGACAAGCAUGCCACUACCCCAGAGUCUGGCGCCAUCCUCGUCGAGACCUCCGCCAUCUCACCCGAUCCUCAAGAAGCCUAGGGGGCCUUCCAAUUCGGGGCCGAGACCAACAGCACGGUUCGUCGAUGUGCCAGACUCAGAAGAAGAUGAGACUACACAACAGAGUAGCGGGUCUCCGCAGAACGGCAACGGGGCAAGCCAGUCGGACAGUACAGGCAAGAACCGUGUCCCCGCCCGUUCCGCGCCCAGGACCAGAUCUCCAUCCAAGACGGAGAGAAAGUCUGCGGCGGGUAAGAAGUUCGUCGCAUCGAGUAACGCACUCAAGAGGCGUCCUGUCCUGCCGCGUCGACAGAGCUCACAGUCGUCUACGGGAUCCGCUGGCUCCGACACUACGGUAAAGGACGGGGACUCUCCCACGCCAAGGCAAAGUCAUCUCCACCAGUCGUCCGUUGUUGCAGCAUCCAAGGAAGACAGUUUCUCGGGUAGACAGGCAGUGUCGGGACUGACGUCCCCCGCCGAGGUGCCACAGCUUUCUGCUAAACAGCUGGGCAAGCUGCCAGCUGUCGAAACUGAACCAACAAACCAGACUACGGCCAAAGGGCCUCAGCAGUCGGGGCUUCGCACUGUUAUGAACGCAAAACCUCCAAAGCGGACGUCUUCCCCCCUUUCUCAGGGAGAGAAAACGAAGGCAAGCACCGAAGCUUCACGUGAAUGCGCAAAAUCGACCAUAGAGAAGCCAGCAGCAGAUACAACCGUCUUGUCUAACUCGCCUCCUGUUCCGAGUAACAAGUCUCUUGGCAGUCUGGAUGGCGCAACAGGGCGCAAGACACCUCAGCGUACGGGUCUUGGCAGGAACCAUGAGAGCACAAAGGAGAAGGCGGAGGAGACACGUGUGGCAGGCAACGUGCCUCGAAGGCCAUCCAGCGUGCAUGCGACCGGUGCAGCACCAGCUAUGGUCCGACUGAAGUCUAAUGAGCCGAAGCGGAUGAGCCCGGGCCCAGUCUCAGCGGGCAGCUUCAAAUCCCCCAGCGUUGUGGGCAUGUCCAAGCUCGCCGUCAAGGGAGGCUUCGACUUUGAGACGCCGCGAGCACGACCUUUCGACGAGGACCUCCCGCCCCUGGGAGCCGACGAGCCAGAUAUUCGAAAGACGUCAGUCCUGGACUCCAGAUUCACACCCACACAACCCAAUCCAGCCCCGGCACCACCCAUGGGAAGAUCCAAGUCGCAGCUGACACUGCUGCUGGAGCGGGACAAGUCACGAAGUGGCGAUAGGCCAAGAAAUGGCAGUGCAAGCUCUCAGCACGACGACGGCAAGGAUAAUGGCAAGAGACAGGGCUAG